AUGCCAGGAAUGAAGUCCUUUUUAACGCUCGCUCUUGGUUUCCUAUACAUCUCAGGGAGGACCCUGGUAUCGGCAGCGACAUAUAGCAACGAGUUCGCAAGUUGUGUAUCAACGGUUUAUGUACCAAGUACGAAUCCUGCAAGUGUCUCAACUGCCAACGCGGCUUCCUGUGCCAAUUAUUGCUACAUCACUGACCCGGCCUAUAAGUACUCUGCAUGGCAAUCGACAACUCAAAGGUGUGGAUGUGCGACCAACACUUUCGCAGCUAGCGCAACCGUCACUGGUAAUCCGGGAGGAUGCGGAGCUAAUUAUGAAGUCUGGAUCACCCAUACGACAUUCGAUUUUUCAUAUUGUAUUCAGAGUUAUGCUGUGGACACCAGCCGAGCACUCGUCCAAUCGUCAACAACAGAUUUUGCCUCAAUAUUCUCAACUUGUGCUGCUUAUGGUAACAUCGCUAUUUACCCGACUACAACCAGUACCUACUUGUAUUCAUGUGGAUUCGGCUACACACCGGUAGACCCCACUACUACCUGUGGUCGAAAUGUCAAUCGUAUUUACUUCCAUCCGGCAGACGCUACGGCUUCAGGACUAUCUCGGAGAGCGAGUGCAGCGAAACGUCGACUGUCUGAGCAAGAGCAUGUCAAGUCGUUUUGGUGUCCUAAGAGCAUGACUGCCUGUCAAUUGGAGGAUGAUCCAGCAAGCUACGAGUGUAUCGAUAUUCAGAGCGAUCUGGAAUCAUGUGGUGGAUGUUUACAUGGAGCGUAUAGUUCACCCGGUCAUCCCAAUACCACCAGUACGAUCGGUAAAGACUGCUCAUCAUUGUAUGGUGUAUCAAUGGGUCAUUCUUCCUGCAUCGAUGGGCGAUGUCAUUUUGAUUGUAUGCGAGGCUGGAGGCAUGCAGGUGACAAAUGCGUUAAAGCUUAG